GCGGAACGGUGGCCCCUGACUUUAGUUUAAAGCAUCCUGGUUUCCCCAAGAUGCUCAACACAAGCCAGCAGCUUCACUUCCAGCACAUACACAGAGUCCUCCUCCAUCCUCCAUCCUCCAGCCUCCAGCCUCCUUCCUCCAGCCUCCAGCAGGCCUGUGCAGCUGCAGCCAGCAUGUCAAACUCGGACAGGGUUGUGUUAGCGCUAGGAGGAGCGGGAACAGUGGGCUCUGGGAUAGUAAAAGCACUGCUGGACAAAGGUUUCAAAGUUGCAGUGAUCUCCAGGGACAGCAGCCGGCUGGAGAGGCUCCAAUCGUUCGUAUCUCCCAACACAAAGGAUAACCUCACCACUGUAGUGGGGAAUGUGGGGUCAGAGGAGGGAGCUGAGGAGGCGAAGAAGGCCCUGCUCAAAGCCGUGGGGAAGGUGUCAGACAUCGUCUCCUCUCUGGGCUUCAGCUGGUGGCAGGGAGGACCCCCACACACCCAGUCUGUCAAAGACCUACACUGGGUAAUUGAGACAUUACUUUUCAGCACAUUUGUGUCAUGGAAGGCCUUCUUCCCCUUGGUGAGGGACGACUCCAACUGUACCUACACAUUCAUAACAGGAGGAGCAGGUGAUAAGUUGCUGAUGCCUGGGACGGGCUUCCUGACGGUGGGCUCUGCCAGCACCCUGGCCUUCUGCCAGGUCCUACGAGAGGAGUAUCCUCAGGUGCCCUGCAAACUCAACCAGGUGAAGAUCGACGCAGGUGUAGCCACUCCAGAGCGCAUGACACCUGGCUACCUGAACCACCUGGAUCUGGGCGAGGCGGUUGCCACCCUUGUGGAAAGACGAAACACCUCCCACACCGUCUUCACCGUCAAUUGUCCUGCAGACUUAAAAACUGUCCUUCUGGAGAGGAACCUUUAGACCGGGAAUCCCUGGCUCCAGCACUCCCCUGUUGUCACAGCGACACAUCUACACAUCUUCUGCUCCUGCUCUUACUGAACUCUCCAGAAACACAUUUAAUAUGUCUUUGGUUUUCUUCUCCCACAAGUCUGUACCCCAUCCAUGCCCAACUUUAUGUGAAUAGUCUGUUGUUCCAACUCUGUAUAAUCAGCCGCCUGUUCUCAGACUGUUAACGGUUUGUGUUAUGUGUGAUAUGUCUGUUAAAAAAUUGCACAGGAUUUGAAAUAAUCACCUUCUCAUUGUUGCCUGCUUCUGUACAAAUAUCACACUAUUCUGUUCUGUCUUCCACAUCGUUGGGAGGCAUGGUACCCAAUGUAAUCCCACCAUUUCUACAUGGAUCUACCUAAUACACUUGGUAGGAAACUAGACCUCUUAAGCCCAGCCCAUUGGACAGAGCAGGUGAAGAUUGAAAUUACAGGAAGGAGGGAUUUUGUUUGGUUGUAAACAACAACAACAACAGGGUGUUUGGUUGUAGAUCUACACACCUGGAAUUAAAGGUGCCCUGUGGAGCUAUGGAGUAAUGUUCUGUGUCAGCUCGCCUAACAGAAACGCUUCAUAAUCUUCCACUGAUUGGCGGUUGGUGGCGGGAACUGCUCAUAAACAUAGCAAUGCCCAAG